AUGAAAAAAAAAGAAAUAAUAAACAAAUUCUCGCUUGAGCUUUCUGAUAUUUUUUGGAAAUAAGUAGAAAAUUAGAGCUUAAAUGAAAUCAUAAAACUCAUUUUUGAAAGUCCAUUCACAAAAAUUGCUAAGCCUUUUGAUUUGUAAAAAAAGAAAUAAAUAAAAAAACCAACAUUAUUUGAAAUAUCAACUGUCUAAAAUAUAAGUCAACCAAAAAUAAAUAGAUACUAAAAUACCAACGACGCUACCUUAAAAUUUAUUUUUUAUUCCAAAAUUGAAGCAAUCUCUUUAUAAAAACAUCCUGAAUUAGAUUAAGACUUAUUAAAGUUAGUAGGAAAAAAAGUAUUUGUAAAUUUUGAUAGUUAGAUCUUAAUUCCACCUGGAACAGAAAUCUUUAGAUCCAUUAUAAUGUUAAAAUAAUUCAGUCUCAUUAAUGAUUAUAAUUAGUUACUUUGA